AUGAGGAAGGACGGGGGCUGGAGGUGUUGGAAUGGAUGGAAGGGACGCAUAGGGAAAAAUAGUUUCAUGAAAAACAAUGUCACGACUAGUGAAAAAUUUAUGAGUGGUAAGGUCAUAGAGCUUGUAGGCUUUUUGACCGACCGGGUAACCAAGGAAAACACAACGUUUGGCUCUAGGAGCGAAUUUAUGAGGGACAUGCACAUCAGUAGCAUAGGCAAGACACCCGAAAACCUUAAGAUGGGAAUAGGAAGGGGUCUUGCCAUAAAGGCGUUCAAAAGGAGUUUGUUGGGAAAGAAGUGGUGUGGGCAAACGAUUAAUCAAAUGUACAGCGGUGAGAACACAUUCUGCCCAAAAACGCAAAGGGAGAUGGGCUUGAAAGCGAAGGGCGCGGGCUAA